AUGGCCAACCACGACGUAACCACGCUCGCAGAAGCUCUCGCCACCGCCGGCAGACAGGGUCCCCAGAGAGGAGUUCCGAGCGGCGGGAGCGCGGGGCUUUCUCGCAACAAUCGGUUCAGCGACAUGGAGUUGGUGGCGGCACAGCAGCUGGUGAUGCUGAGCGAGAGCAGCAGCGAGGAGACGGCGCUGCCGGGGGCAAGCGGCUUCUCCACCGCCGCCGCCGCCUCCUCCUCCUCCUCCACCUCCCUACCUUCUGUGAGCAACGCGCUGCAGGCGCCCGUGGAGACGACCGCGGCCGGCGAGGACGAAGACGGAGAGGAGAUGUCCACAGGGCCAAGCACCCGCAGGCGGCGAUACCGGUCGAUUCGUAUCAUCUAUGAGAUCACGAGCCCAAUCGCCGGCGACGGGAAGUGGAGGAACGUGGCGCAGCGCAGGAAGCCGAAUCGUGCAUAG